AUGGCGUCCCAAUCGCGGGUGUACAACCCCAUCAUCCACCCCUUCCUCUUCCUCUUCCAACUCUUCCAAUGGCUCACGGACAAGAUCCUCUCGCCCAACCCGCCCGGACCCAAAACGCGGCUCAGCCGCCCCAAAAUAGCCGUCAUCGGCGCCGGCAUCACAGGCGUGACCAGCGCGGCGCACUGCAUCGGACACGGGUUCGACGUGACGCUCUUCGAGGCCGGCAGCGAGGACGAGCUGGGCGGCAUCUGGAGCCGCGUCAACAACACCUCAUCCCUACAAAUCCACUCCGUCAUGUACCGCUUCCACCCGUCCGUGAAGUGGGAGCGCGGCUACCCGGACCGCCAGCAGAUCCUCAGCCAGGUGCGCGAGCUGUGGCGCCGCUACAGCCUCAACGACCGCACCCGCUUCAACACCAAGAUCGACCGCGUCUACCAGGACGAGCGCGGCCGCUGGGUCGUCAACGACGCCUCGCUCGGCCGCUUCGACGGCGUCAUCGCGGCCAUCGGCACGUGCGGCGAGCCCAAGGUCCCGCGCAUGCCGGGCAUGGACAACUUCCGUGGCGAGAUCCACCACUCCAGCCGUUUGACGGGGUCCUGCUCGUCUAAGGAUAAGACUAUGAUCAUCAUUGGAGGCGGCGCCAGCGCGGUGGAGGCGCUCGAGUUUGCGCAUGAAGAGGGCGCGAAGAAGAUCUACAUCCUGGCGCGCAGCGACAAGUGGAUCAUCCCGCGGAAUCCGCUCUGGAACAUGCUGUUGGCGAUGAAUAUUUUUGGGCAGGAGACCUUCCUGAGCUGGAUCCCCGAGCUGCUGCUGCGCAAGAUGUUUUAUCGUGAUCUGGAGGACCUAGCCCCCGCUAACAAGGGCAUCUUCACAGACACGCCAAUGGUCAAUUCGGAUAUCAUGGACAAGCUGCGGUCGAAGAAGGCCGAGUGGAUUCGCUGCGACAUCGAGGGGUUUACCGAGGAUGGCGUCAAGAUCAACCGGCGCGCCAAGGGGGUUGCGGCGGGUGGGCCGGGCCAAAAAGAUGUGAUCGAGGGUGAUGUCGUGGUUAUGGCCACAGGGUUCGCCCGUCCGAAGCUAGACUUCUUACCCGACACCUGCUUCGAGAAGCCGUACGAACCGCCGAAUUGGUACCUGCAGACCUUCCCGCCCAAUCACCCGUCCAUUUCGUGCAUCAAUUGCACCUACAUGAACGCCAUCGGGACUGUGGGCAACUGGCAUAUCGGGAUCUACACGCGCAUCCUCCUCAUGUUCUUGGUAGACCCCUUGACUCGGCCGAACCCCUUUUGGAUGAAGCGGUGGAUCGACAUGACGAGACUGUUCAAGAUGGCGUCGCCGGUUGGGCCAUUCGAAUUUUUCACUUACCUCGAGCUUGUUUGGUGGUUUUCCUUCUGCGUCGCGUUCAACCCGUUCCGGUGGAAGUGGGCAUUGUUUGUCUUCUUUGGGCUCGGCUUCAUGCUCCCGAAGAAUGUGGUGGCGGCUGAGGACAGGAUCCGCAAUGGACUUGGCAUGCGCGAGGAAACUACUGGCGAGGAUGUUGGUCUCAGCUUGUAA